UAUUGCCACAAAUCAAGAGGGUGAAGUGAAAGGCAUGGGACGCGCACCAACUUUCACGAACUUGCGUCCGCUUCAUGGGACCGCGAGGUUGACAGCCAAGACCGGCACGUGCAGAUGAUACAUGGCGGUGCAAUGGGGACACAAUUAGUCGGUAAAUCUUGAGCGGUUGCACACUUACAGCAACAACAACAACAACAACAACCACAAAAUCAUGACAACCCUUUCAAGGUUUAGUGGCUGCCCUCCGUCUUGCGUAAACCCUGGAGAGAGCAAUACUGAACCCAGUAUGGUGCUGCCACCUUUGGCAGGGGAGCACAUGGGGCACCCCACUGGCACUUCCUUAAAACUCUGCCCCUCGCACAAUUUGCUAGACUACCCCGAGACAAGGGCCACCGCUUAUGUGGACCACUCGUUGCCUCACUUUCCAGACGCGGGAUACACCAGCCAUCGCCUAGACGCCAGCCCUAGAGGCAUUAUCAUUGGGACAAACCUGUCAGGACCAGGCAUGCCACCAGUUACAGACCAACUGGCACCAAGACCUAACCAACAUGGCGCUAUUGGAAGGUACCGUGACCUCCACGGCUACAGGGAUGGACGAAGUCAUGCUUUCUUUACCACGUAUCCGGAGCAGGCCCACAGCUCUGUCGAUGCCAGCCGAGACCUAAAUGGUCAGGUGAUGCUGGGUCUUCCAGGAGAGUACCUCUCAAGGGCGCAUCCAUACGGACAAACCCACAGCGGCCCUCGGGCCAACAGCCAACAGCUUGUUACUCAGUUUCUGGGGCUUUAUAAGCCCCUGAACAUGGCCAUGCAGCGAGGAGGGGGUGAUGCAUUCCUCAGGUGCUCCAGACAGACUUUAACACACGAGUUGGUGUGCAAGUGGAGUGACGGCCAAGAAGGCGCUGGCAAGCUGCCAUGUUCCAGGACUUUUGGGACUAUGUAUGAACUUGUCACACAUGUGACGAUCGAGCAUGUCGGGGGACCUGAGCAUUCUGACUAUGUGUGCCACUGGGAUAAUUGUCCCAGGGACAGAAAGCCAUUUAAAGCCAAAUACAAGCUGGUCAACCACGUCAGAGUGCACACGGGAGAAAAGCCCUUUCCCUGUCCUUUUCAUGGAUGUGAAAAAGUUUUCGCCAGAUCCGAAAACCUCAAGAUUCACAAGAGAACCCACACAGGUGAGAAACCGUUCAAAUGCGAGUUUGAGGGCUGCAACCGGCGGUUUGCAAACAGCAGCGACCGGAAGAAGCAUUCACACGUCCACUCGAGCGACAAGCCGUACAUGUGCAAGGUCAGAGGCUGUGAGAAAUGUUACACGCACCCGAGCUCGCUGCGCAAACACAUGAAGCUCCAUUGCAAGGCCGACACGGCCAAACCGGGCGAGGACGGUGAGCCUGGGUCUCCCGAGGUGGCGGGAGAGCAAGUCCCAUCAUCCCCUGCGGCGGUGACGCGGACCUUGCCGCCUGCCCCCUCUCAGGACUCCCCCGAGACUGUGAGGUCACGCUUUCAUCACACUUUUGACAGCAGUUUGGACUAUACGGCGCACAGGCCGCAAUCGCUUUUGGAUCCUCUGUUGCUGCACCGGGGUAGUUACAGAGGCGAAACAGCGCAGUACGCGUGUAGCCAAGCAAGUCCCACUUUUGCCCCUACCCACAGGAAUUUUGCAUCAAACUCUCCAUUCCAAAAAAGCAUUGUAAACGGCUGGUACACAUGCCACAGCGGCGCCCAGCCUUUCUCGUCUAAACCGUGUAACAAUGAUUAAUGAUUGUUCAUGAUGGCGGCAAAGAGAAGUAAUCAUAUUGGCACUGGACAGGUUGUGUAAUUUAGACUUUUCAUUUGAAAAGAUUUUUUAAUUUUUUCUUUUCGAUGCAUUUCUCUAUGUCCUAUUUAUGGUUUGGCUUAACAGUUCAUGGCUGAAGGCUGAUUGUGCUGGUGAUAUUCUUUAACUGAAAAUAUGAUUAUAAAAUACAUUGUGCUGUUGAGAUUCCUCAAAUGAAAAUACACUUACGACCAACAUACUCUAAUAUAUUGGUCAUCAGUGUAUAUUUAUGUAUAUAGAAAUGAUAAAACUACAUAGCUGCGUAAUUUCAAAGCGGUUAAAUUAGAGACAAGAUGAUGUGGGAAGACGUUGAGGCCUACUGUGCUUAAAACUGCAACAAGAACAUUUUACUCUUGUAUUUCUGUGUUUUCUGACUCAUCUUUGAUAAUACAGUGUUUGUAAAACCCAUCAAUGUUAAUUCAUGCACAUUUCUAAGGGAAAGUAAAAUUAUUCGCUCUGUUGUCAUUAACCCCGAGUGGCCAAGUUCUUGCUUUUUUGUUGUGAAAAUAUUCAGCCUGUGUUAAUUUCAGAGAACAGAGAGAGAAGACAAGAGGCCUUUGCUUCCCUUCCCUUCC